GGACAUUUGCUACUUGCACACAACAUUUCACCAGCUUCUAAUUAAGAUGGCACAUCAACUGAGAUGGCUGAGGACCAACACGCUGUGCUUAGUGAUUUUUUCAAUUUCAGGCUCUCUAUAUGGCCAGUCAGUUCCAGAGCGUGGCAAUUCAUUCUUAAGUCAGAAAAGUGGCUCUCCUGCAGAGAGCAAGGCGUAUUUUCUGGCUAUGGAGAUCACCAACAGAGCCUUCACCCCUGCACUGCACAACCCUGCAUCUGAAGAAUAUCAGGCCAUGUAUAAAGAAGUUAAUGACUUGCUUAACAUCAUCUACAAUUGUCCUGACAUCAGUGCAUGUCCAACAUAUGUCUUCUAUGGAGGUGUUGCAGCAAUGACUUUCAGACCUGGAUCAGUAAUCGCGAAUGCAACUGUCGUCUUCCACACAACUUCAAUCAAUCAAUUCAUCGUCCUUGCAGUCUUUCUUGAAAAUAUGAAAAACUAUACACCCCAAACUCUCAAGCUGAACUUGGAUUACACGCAAAAAACACCACCGAUCCGAGUGGAAAGCUUCGUACCCACUACACCAGUUACCACCAGCACAACAAGCACUGCUACCACUACUAAAGAUCACUGUAUUAAAACCUGUAUUGAAACCUGUGUAUUGUGUGAUGGAAAAUGACCACUUACAGCAUUUGACCUCAGA